AUGUCGUACGUGAACUUGGUACAAAAUACAGAGGAAGAUAUGUUUCUUUUGUCUUUAUCAAUCCACAAACAAUUCAACAUUGAGAUAUCUUCUGGGGUUACCAAGAAAAUAAUCAGGAAAAGCCACGAGUCUCUUCUCAUUCAAAACAAUAAAACAAAACCGGUUAAAAAGAACAAAAAGAAUGUGAGAGAAAAUGUUGAUGUUUCUUUUAACACAUCAAUUCAGUCUUCUGUGUUUGAAGAUACUGAUUCUAGUGUUGUAUUCUGGAAUCCAUUGCAAACAUCAUUUGCUGGUCAGCCUUCUUCAAAAAGAUCUGGCAACAACUUGGUAUAUUCUGCUCCGACCAGUGCAGGCAAGACAAUGGUAGCAGAACUUCUUAUUUUGAAACGUGUAUUGGAAACGAAAAGAAAAGCAAUCAUGAUUCUCCCAUUUGUGUCAGUUGCUCACGAGAAAGUCCGAUAUUUAAAGUCUCUUUAUGAAGAAGUUGGUGUGCGUGUUGGAGGCUUUCUUGGUAGCCAGUCACCUGUAGGAGGUUUCAAAAGUGUUGAUGUGGCAGUGUGUACAAUUGAAAAAGGCAAUAACCUGGUGAAUCGACUGAUAGAGGAAAAAGAACUCCAUCAAUUAGGUAUUAUUGUGGUGGAUGAACUUCACAUGGUUGGAGACUCGAGUAGGGGUUAUUUGCUAGAAUUGUUACUCACAAAAAUAUUAUAUGUACUGAAAUGUGAAAUUGUAAGAAAGUCCAGAUCCAAUCAAGGUAAUGUGUUGUCAUUAAUACAGAUAAUCGGUAUGAGUGCCACUUUGCCUAAUCUUCCUGUCAUAGCUAAAUGGCUCAAUGCAUCACUUUAUAAGACAGAAUUCCGACCUGUACCCCUCCACGAGUGCGUCAAGAUCAACAGAAGCAUCUUUGAUUCUGAUAUGAACAAACUUAGGGAUAUUGAUAUCCAGUAUUCUGCCAAAAAUGACACAGAAUAUGUCGUCCCACUGUGUCUGGAAACAGUAUUUAAUGGAGAUGGUGUUCUUAUUUUCUGCCCAACAAAAAUGUGGUGUGAAAAACUGGCAGACACCGUGGCUCGGGAGUUUUUCAAUUUCUUACAUAAAAUUGGAAGCGCUAAUGUGGAAAAGAAUGAUUUGGAACACAAUUGUCGAACAUUACCCAUUAACAAAAAAGCAGCUUAUGAUGUUGUAGAACAAUUGAAAAGAUGUCCAGCUGGCUUGGACAGUAUUCUUCAAAAGACAAUACAGUGUGGAGUUGCUUUUCAUCAUGCAGGUCUUACAUUUGAUGAAAGAGAAAUAGUAGAAUCUGCCUUCAGAAAAGGAAUUAUAAAAGUUUUAAUUGCAACAUCAACGUUGUCCUCAGGUGUAAAUUUACCUGCACGUAGAGUCAUCAUUCGGACAAUCAUGUUCCAUGGAAAGACAAUUGACACGCGUACAUACAAACAGAUGGUAGGCCGAGCUGGUCGAAAAGGCGUGGAUAUUGAAGGUGAAAGUAUCCUUAUAUGUAAAGCUAACGAGAAGCAACAAGCAAAUGCUUUGCUGAAAUCAUCCUUACCUGCAGUUGUAAGUACAUUGUUAAGACAUCCACAGGACCAUUUGAGCACAUCUAUGAAGAGAGCCAUUUUAGAAAUUAUUGUGAGUGGAGCUGCCAGAAAACCUUCUGAUGUUUACCUUUAUACCAAAUGUACAUUGUUGUCUGCUUGUUUAGAAGAAGAGAAAGAGGCAGGAAAAGCAGUGACCCAUGAUGUUGAUCCUGUCCAAGAGUGUAUACAGUUUCUGGAAGAAAAUGAAUUUAUAACUCUUAAAAAGGUACCUAAUGCAGAUAAUGAACAAGAAUUAGAAUUUUGCUUUUUCCCUACCCAGCUUGGAUCAGCUGUUCUAUCAUCUGGCCUUUCUCCUGACGAAGGGAUCUAUGUUUUCUUAGAGCUGCAGAGAGCAAGACGAUGUUUUGUGCUUGAAAAUGAAUUGCACGUUCUUUACUUGGUGACUCCAGUUUAUACUCAAGACAUUUCUGCCAACAUUGAUUGUGGUCAGCAGGCCCGAAUACUUUUCUCUGCUGGCUAUGUGUCUGUUGCAAGUUUGGCUAAAGCUGAUUCCAACCAUCUUGAACAUAUCUUAAGAGCAGGAGUUUCAUUCCAAAGUGAUAAAAAAACUGAAGAUGAGACUGAAUGGGAAGCGAAAGAGAGGCUGACAAACAGACGUUGUAUAUGGUUACGAGGGAUGCCAGGAAUGACGGCUUAUGAAGCUGCUUUAACCAUGAUAGAGGAAGCUCAACAAAUUAUUGAGCAGGGGCUUGGCAGUAAUGAAUUCACCAUAAUUGAUGUGUGCUCAAAUCGACAACUUUUUGAUACUUUUAUACUGGAAUGGAACACGCAAAAGAAAUAUGCUUUGUCCAUUGGAUGUGAGAAGCUUCUUCCUGUGGACCCUACAUUGGGCAUUGGGGGCAAUUUCAUGGAAGGUCAAGAUCUCAGAAUUGAUGCAGAUGGUUUGAAAGUUGAAGAAGAGGGUUUAUUGGUUGUAGGAAUAGCUAUCUGUUGGAAUUAUCGUGAUUCCUAUUAUUUAUCUUUUAAGGAAACCAAUCCUGCAGAUAACCUUGAUGAUUCAUUAGCACCCCCAACACUGGAUCCUGGAAUAAGCAUUGCUGACCGACUGCAUGCUGUGAGGCAGACCCUCAUGUCCCAUAAUGAUGAUAAAAGAACCAUUGUUGGAUUUGAUGUGAAAUCCUUGUAUAGGGUCUUGGCACACAUCUGUUCAGUUGCUCCUAGGUGCCAUUUUGAAGAUCCGAAAAUUGCUGCUUGGAUGCUGAAUCCAGGUGCAAAAGAAAGCAACUUUCAGAGACUUAUUUAUGAUUACUUACCAACAGAAGAACACCUGCUCAGAGGCCUUGGUGGAGGAAUUGGUCGGAGCGGUCUUGGUUUAACAGUUGACAAUCCAGGAUCUGGCCGUUAUCGUGCAACUGCAGAAUCUGUCCUUGUUUGGCAUUUAAUGAAACAUCUUAAGAGAUCUCUAAAAGAAGAAGGAAUUUUCCAAACUUUCCAAGAAACUGAAAUGCCUGUUGUCUGCAUAAUUAGUCGCAUGGAACUAAAUGGUAUUGGUUUUAGUGAAGAAGAAAGUAUACACCUGAAGACCAUAAUGCAAUUGAAAUUGUCUUCUCUUGAGGAAAAGGCUUAUACAUUGGCUGGGCAUCCUUUUAGUUUAUCAUCCAUUGAUGAUAUCAGUAAGGUUCUCUAUCUGGAAUUACAGCUUCCGGUAAAUGGCAAUCCUAAUGCCAUAACACCUGCCAUGCCUCGCAAGACGCUCGGAACAAAAAGAGGGUCAAAGAAGGCUAUGAUUUACUUCCCUCCAAUGAACAUGCAUCGUAUUUUUGGACUGUGUCAACUUCACACAGCCACAGGAAGAAUCAGCAUGUUUGAUCCAAAUCUUCAAAACAUUCCCAAAGACUUCAAUAUUAAUAUUACAGAUGUAUCUCAAGAAAGUGCAGUCAUUCAUUCCCAAUGGUUGAAAAAGAAUUCCAGUGACUCCUUUACUGUCAGUAUGCGACAUGCUUUUAUUCCACUUCCUGAUGGAGUAAUAAUUGCUGCUGACUAUUCCCAACUGGAGUUACGUAUGAUUGCCCAUUUAUCUCAAGACAGCAAAUUAAUUAAUAUUCUCAACAAGGAUUGUGAUGUGUUCCGACUGAUUGCAGCUGAAUGGAAGAAUGUUUCCCUUGAGGAGGUGCAAAAUGAGGAGAGGCAGCAAGCAAAACAGAUUUGCUAUGGGAUAAUAUAUGGUAUUGGAGCAAAGGCCCUGGGGGAGACCCUACAUGUGGAUGAAAAUGAUGCUGCAGUUUUCAUAGAAACUUUUAAAUCAAAAUAUCCAGGAAUGAAGUCUUAUUUACGACAUCUUGUUGAAUAUUGUCGAGAUAAAGGAUACAUACAAACCAUUACUGGAAGGAAGCGAUAUUUACCCCACAUUACCAGUACAAACAUACAUGCUAAAGCUCAGGCAGAAAGACAAGCAGUAAAUUCAACAAUUCAAGGAUCUGCAGCUGAUCUUGUGAAGAAAGCAAUGAUCAACAUUGAGAAUGAAUUUGUACGAGUAUUUCCUCAAAGCUCUGUACCCCACAGAAUAUAUAGCCAAGCAUUUCAAAGCAAAGUUGAUCAAAGAAGAUAUUUUCAGCAAAUGAAACUGUUUCCAGAAGAGUCUGUGAAUUGUCGGUCAGGGGCUUUCCUCCUCUUGCAGAUCCAUGAUGAAUUGCUAUAUGAAGUAGCCAAGAAGAAUUUGAAAACUGCAGCUGCCAUCAUUCAAAAGGGAAUGGAAAGUGCUAUGACGUUAAGUGUUCAUCUGCCUGUGAAACUAAAAUGUGGUCACAGUUGGGGUCAGUUGGAGGAUUUUAUACUCGAGUGA